AUGUUUAUUAACAUGUCUAACAAGUUAUUAUUUAACAUGUUUAUUUUGUUCUACAGGCGUUCAAUCGUUAUCUACUUUGCGGCAAAAUCUUAUCUCUAGUCCGGUACAAAGUAGAAAUCAAUUCCAAGGCCAAAAACAUAUAUAGGCUAUGUCGACCACAAGAUCAAUAAUUCCUUGCAGCUUCAUCAGGCUUCAUAUCAAUCCCUCUACCAGUUCUCAAACAAUCAUCUUCAACCCCAUUUAUCAUUCUGCUGCAAUCUCAAAACACAAGAACAAAUCCUAUUUUCCGGCCGACAGGAGGUUGCGACAUAUCAGCAAUGGCCGGAGAAGUCAAUCCGAUGCCAACACAAAGAUGGACUUGGUUGUUUAUAACAGUGUCCAACCAGGAGCCCCACCUCCCUCAGGAACCCCUUCAGACUCAGACUCUAGAGACAAAGGGAGUAGCAGGAAACAUUGGAUUCUGGGAGUGGUAAUAACAGCAAUUCUACCAUUUUUGAGCCACAAAUGGGGGCCAUUAUUUAAACUGACAAAGGAAGUCGAAAACGCGGUGGAGACAGCAGACGAUGUAACAGAAGCUAUGGAAAAUAUAGCAGAGCAAGUGGAGAAGGUGGCCGACGAAAUUGGCGAUGAGCUCCCUGAAGGUGGAAGACUUCAAAAAGCCUUUGCCUAUGUUGAAAAUAAGGCCAAAAAAGCAGCUAGGGAUGCUCAUUCAGUUGAACAAUUCAUCGAUAAGGUUGAGGCACUGGAGGAAGAGGUGGACUCCUUCAUUGAUGAGGCCAAUGAGAUAACCAAAGAAGCAAAGGAUAAAAAACCAAGUACAUAGUUUUUAUUUUUGACGGUCAGUGUACCAUUCUGACCUCUAAUUUGUUAAGAAAAUAGUGUAAGAUGAGAUUUGUUGAAUUUAUUUGUAGAUGUAAUUUGAUUAUAGUUAAUUAAUGGGGGAACUAUACUUACCUUUGUGAGAUUUGACUUAA